CCCAACUUGUACCAAACAUCAACAUCUCUUAACCUAAGACACCAUAUCUCGACUGACUGCAGUAGGGACAAGGAGAAACACAAGACAAGAUGCAGUCUGGAAUUUCUGCCUCCAAGGAGCUGGUCUCCCAAUUCAACGACCUCCUCGGCUCCCCAUCGACCUUUGGCCUCCUCAUCAACAUCGCCAACGAACAGCUCCAGCCCAUCCAAACCCUCACCUCCUCCCCGGGCUCCUCCUUCGCCUCCAACGUCGACACCCUCCUGACGCCCCACAUCAAAGAAAAAGAAGCUCUCUACAUCAUCCUGCGCCGCUAUGACUCGUCGCCCGCGCUGGUGGCCGUCACCUACGUGCCCGACACGGCUCCCGUGCGGCAAAAGAUGCUGUUCGCCUCGACGCGGCUGACGCUCGUGCGCGAGCUCGGGUCGGAACACUUCCGGGAAACCAUUUUCGCGACCAACGCCAAGGAGUUGACCAGCCAGGGCUUUGAGAAGCACGACGCGCAUACGGCGCUGGACGCGCCGCUGACGGAGGAGGAGAAGAGUCUGGGGGAGGUGAAGCGGGCGGAGCAGGAGGCGGGCGCGGGGACGAGUAAGCGGGAGAUUCACCUGGGGACGCAUAUGGCGAUGCCGAUGGGGGAGGAUGCGUUGGCUGCUCUCAAGGGAUUGGCGGAGGAGGGUGGUGAGGGGUUGGUGAUGCUUAAAGUCAAUCCCACAACCGAAACCAUCGAGCUCGUUCCCUCCUCUUCUUCUAAGCCAUCGUCCAUCUCCGAUCUCGUGCAAGCCAUCUCCCCCUCCGAGCCGCGCUUCACUUUCUUCCGGUACACGCACACGCACAACGGCUCCGAGGAGUCGCCCAUUCUCUUCUUUUACACCAACCCCAGCUCCAAUGGCGGGCGCGUGGCUAUCAAGCAGCGCAUGCUGUACCCGCUGAUGAAGCGGGCCGUGCUCGAGGUGGCGAGCAAGGAAGGAUUGAAUGUCGAUAAGAAGUUUGAGGUGGAGGAGCCGAGCGAGAUCACGGAGGACGGGGUGCUGGGGGAGUUGCAUCCCAAGGCGGUGCAGAGUAGGGGGUUCGCUAGGCCGAAGAGGCCUGGUGUAUACCACCUGAACAGAACGAAGCAUCAUGGGACGUUCAAAAGCAAUCGCACGCUCAAUCGCGCGGGCCAUCACCGACACCACUGGACUCGCGAAACGACGAUCCACCAACAGCAAUCCCCUUUGCCUAAUCCUGUCACUGUUCUCCCUAUCCUCCGUCCCACGCCACUCGAACACUCCUUUUUUCGUGAAGACCUCCUGACGCCUUACGUCGAAUACAUGGCCACGCACCCGCGUUCGCUCCUCGUGCGCAUCUGCGACUUCCUCGGCGCCUCGGGAUACUCGCUCGGACGCAUCUUGCGGCUUGCGCCCUCGCACCAUAUCGUCAUGGAGAAUAUCAUGUACGGCCGCGGCCAGUUCGAAGCAAAGAAGCGCGGCGGUGGCGACAACGCUGUGGACUGGGAGGAUUGGGACCUGAAGCCCACUUCGUACUUUUAUCCUGAGCGCGACAUUGCUGAUGGGGCGCUGACGAGCGAGGCUACCAAGAGCCAGUUGGCGGAUGAGUUCCAUGAUAAGAUUAGACUGAGUAAAGAACAGGCGGAUGAGUUUUUUAAGUGUUUGGAGGAGGAUACGAGGUUGUUGGCGGAGUAUGGGGCGGUGGAUUAUUCGUUGUUUUUGGUAAGGAUGCAUACUACUACUUCUACUCCCUCGGGCUCCGGCCCAGGGCAGGAACCUGAUGCUGCAGCUGCUUCUUCACCAGAAGCGGUAUCAGAGGUGGUAUUGGAAGAGGUGGCGCCGCCGACCGACGGCCCAUCGGUGCCGCCUGGUCCGCCGUCGUGGAGGACCGGGAUCGCGUCGGCGGAUGGAAAGUAUAUCUACCGAGCGUCGAUCUUGGAUUUCUUUUGGGCGAAGCAUAAGUUGCAGCCGAUGGUGAUGACGGUUUUGAUCAAGUUGUGGAAUUUGUUGAUUAGUAGACAGGGGCCGAUGAGUAUUACGACUACGCCUGAGGAGUAUAGGCAAAGGUUUUUGAAGAUGUGUAGAGGUUAUGUGGAGGUUGUUGAGGAGUCGAGUGAGUGA